AUGUCAGUAAGACCAGCAACUCACGCAGGCUCUUGGUACACCGGAUCGGCUUUGCGUCUUGAGUCACAACUAGAUAAAUGGCUUUCCCAAGCAUCAGGCCCUAUUGCUGGUGCCCGUCUUUUGGUCGGCCCUCAUGCGGGCUAUGCCUAUGCCGGAGAAACGCUUGCGCAAACUUACAGCGCUCUAGAUGCUUCCGGAAUCAAAAGGGUAUUUAUCAUGGGCCCUUCCCAUCAUGUCUAUUUCAAAGGAUGCGUGAUGACGAGCAAUUUCGACUAUUAUGAAACACCUUUGGGCAACGUCCCCGUUGACAAGCAAACCAUCAAGGACUUGGUUGCAAAGGAUUCCAAAAUGUUCAGACUGAUGUCUGAGGAAAUGGACGAGGAGGAGCACAGCUUCGAAAUGCACAUGCCAUUUUUGUACCGUGUGACAAAUAAAGCCAGAGACAGUGUUCCCAAGAUCAUACCUAUCAUGAUCAGCGCCACUGACGAGAAGUUUGAGAGGAAGCUGGCAGAACACUUGACUCCAUACUUUCAAGACCACGAGAACGCAUUCGUCAUAAGCACAGAUUUUUGCCACUGGGGAACCAGGUUUGGCUACACCUCAUAUACGCCUUCUGGGAAGAUUGCCGAUAUUCAGGAUUUGAGGUUUGGAACAAGCGUACUCAAAAACUCGGAUGUUCUGCCAAUCUACAAGAGUAUUGAAGCUUUGGAUAAAGAGGCGAUGAAAAUUGCGUCAAAGACCUCCUACAAGGCGUUCAGGGAAUAUUUGGCCGCGACAGAGAACACCAUUUGCGGAGCAAAGCCGUUGAGCGUGCUGCUUCUAUUAAUGGAACAGAACUCGGAGAAAAAUCUCGAAUGGCUUGGAUAUAAGCAGAGCAGUUCCGUCACUUCAGUGCACGACAGCAGUGUGAGUUACGCGAGCGCAUAUGCGUAG